AUUAUUGAAUAAAAUGCAAUUCCUGUGGUAUAUAAUGGGCAUAUUCUGUGCGAGUGUUUCGGCACUAUUGCCGCUAAACAUCGACACAUCAGAUGACGACCCGCUUGUGGUGAGUUGUAUGGGGAAGAUGUACGACCAAACACAGAAUUGUGGGGAACAGGCCAUCAAAGAUUGGAAUAUCACCGAUAAGACUGAUCCCAAGUCUAAGAACGCCUGUUGUAGUGCUUGGGAGGAAGGGGACUGUCUGGUGAUCGCCGCAAAGGCUAAAUGUAGUGCCGAUGAAGUGACACAUUUUCAGACAUAUAUCAAGACACUGUUUGCUGACGAAGAGAAGGAGAACUGCCAAAAGUACCCGUAUCAAUCCAAAGAAUGCAAAUUAACUAGAAACUGAUAGUAAUUGGACUUGAUAUUUGCAAAGUAAAUGAUUUAUAUCC